AUGAGCGAGCAGGACGAAGCCAUAAGGCGCAAGAAGACGGCGUUUCGAUUCUCUGUGGUAGCAGACAUUGACCUCCUCAAGGAGGUUGUGAUUAUUGCCCCUUUCGAGGCAGCCAGCGGUCAAACUGGCGCUCGAUGGGAAGAGUUUUGCGAGCACAAGCGAGUGAGCCACGGCGACACCUUGACCACAGCCAGCUGCAGAAAACGAGUCGACGAUUUGCUUUCAGCGUUCAAGAAAGCCACUCUAAAGGCUUUGCGUGCAUCGGGAACGGAAGAGGAGUACCAAGAGCGGGACCAACUGCUACAAGAUAUCUCGGAUAUGGUACUCUAG